AUGUGUGAUAUUUUGUGUUGUUUACAGCCCAAAUGCAAGAUUUCAGCCUCCCGCAAGCUGUCACUGAAGAUCCUCCUGCUGACUCGUGCGAUGGAAGAGCUGGAGGCAGAGAAAGCUGAGAGAGAAGAAGAGAAGGUUCGCUACCUGGGAGAGAAGCUUCCUCCGCUGCAGUUCACGGGUUUACACAUGGAUGACCUGCAGAAACUCUGUAAUGAGCUUCAUGCAAAGACUGAUGUGGUGGAUGAGGAGUGGUACGACUGUGAAGCCAAAGUCAUCAAGAACAACAGAGAUAUCAAUGAGUUGAAGCUAAAGGUGCAGGACCUCGGAGGAAAGUUCAAGAAACCAGCUCUAAGGAAGGUGAGAGUGUCAGCAGAUGAGAUGAUGAGAGCUCUGUUCGGAUCAAAAAAUAAGGGCUCCAUGGACCUGAGGGCAAACCUCAAAUCUGUAAAGAAAGAGGACAUCAAACAAGAGAAGGAGCUGACCAUGGAGGUGGGUGACUGGCGUAAGAACGUGGAGGCCAUGUCUGGUAUGGAGGGCAGGAAGAAGAUGUUUGAUGCUGCUGGUGGUGUCCAAUAG